AUGUCGUCCCCAUCACAAGAAAAUAUCCCCUCCGACACCCCCACCUCCUCCACCUCCACUCCAGGAUCACCGUCCCAGGCACCCACAGAAAAACCACCCUACCAAUCCGCUGCCUCCUACUUGUCCUACCCAGUCAGCCACGUCGUCUCAGGAAUCUAUCGCCGCAUAGCAGACCCAGAGCCAACUAAAGAAAUGCCCUCCGUCAUGCCAUGGUCGCGGUCCUCCUCAUCUGAAGCGUUCACACCGCACCGAACAGCCUCACCCUUCCAACCCCCACCACUCACACCCCUCACCCUCGGGAUCCCCACAGGGGCCGACUCGCUCCAGCAGCAACUCCUGACACGCCCACUAGCAGAAGAAAUCCGACUGCUAGUGCCGCCCCGUCUGCAGCUCGCCGAAACCUGGCGUCUAGCCUACAGCCUGAACCGCGACGGCGCCUCCCUUUCCACCCUCUACGAGAACUGCGCCGAGUUCUCGCACCGCAGCCCGCGGGCGGGCUACGUCCUCGUAAUCCGCGACUCCUCCCCCUACAGCUCCGUCUUCGGCGCCUACAUGACGGACGCCCCACACCCAGACUCGCAGUUCUUCGGCACAGGCGAGUGCUUCCUCUGGCGGGCCAGCGUGCUCCCGCCCCCGGCAAGCUUCCCCCUCGCCUCACCAGGCGAAGGACCCCAGUCUGAGGAAGCCCUCGAGCGCGCUGGCCUCCCCCCUCCCCCCUCGGCCGAUACCACUACCGCCGGCCGCUGGAGCACCCUGCGCAACGAUAAGUCGAAACCUGCGCGGGCGGAAUCGCCGGCUCAUAAUCUCAAUAUGAAUAUUAAAACUAAUCUCGCCGCUGCGAGUGGCGGAGUCCUGGCGCCUCCUUCGCCUUCCUCGAUCCAUAGCCCUUCACCGAGUGGUGCGAGUACCCCCGAACGCAUUCGCUUCAAGGCUUUCCCGUACAGCGGGGUUAAUGAUUACAUGAUUUUCUGCGAGACUGGAUUUCUCAGUCUAGGAGGCGGUGACGGCCACUACGGACUGUGGCUUGACAGCAGUCUCGAAAAAGGUGUCAGUUCACCCUGUCAGACUUUUGGUAACGAGCCUCUCUCCGAUGAAGGCAUCAAGUUCGAUGUACUUGGAGUGGAGGUGUGGUAUGUCGGUUCUUGA